AAGUUGUUAGACCCAUGCCCUCCGCGAACUUCUCGAGUCCUCCUCGCCCUUCCAUUUUCAUCGGUAUUCCCGAAGAUUCUAGAAUUUAGCGAAAUAACCUUCUCCACGGGAAAAAAAAAUCAAUCUGAGAUUCUAGACAUUCUUAUCCGGCGAUCUAAGCUAAAUUUCUUCUUCACCUUCUUCUCUGAAGAUGCAUAUUUUUGUGAAAACCCUCACUGGCAAGGCCAUUACACUUGAGGUUGAGAGCUCAGACACAAUUGAUAACGUUAAGGCUAAGAAUCGAGGUAGGGAAGGAAUUCUGUUACUUUGGAAUUCUAAGAUUCAAGGCACAGUUGAUAACGUUAAUUACUUAGAGUUCUGUUACUAUAGAUAAUGUCAAGGCCAAGAUCCAAGACAAGGAAGCAGAGGUUAAUUUUUGCUGGGAAGCAAUUGGAAGAUGGGCGUACCCUUGCAGACUACAACAUCCAGAAGGAAUCCACCCUUCACUUGGUUCUACGACUUAGAGGUGUGUAUGCAGAUCUUUGUGAAAACUCUUACUGGCAAGACCAUCACCUUAGAAGUUGAGAGUUCAGAUACCAUUGACAAUGUAAAAGCCAAAAUUCAGGAUAAGGAAGGUAUUCCUCCAGAUCAGCAACGGGCGUACCCUUGCUGACUACAAUAUAGAGAAGGAGUCUACUCUCUAUUUGGUGCUUCGUCUCAGAGGUGGUAUGCAGAUUUUUGUAAAAACCCUCACCGGAAAGACCAAAGUGAAGGCGAAAAUACAAGACAAGAUCAGCAGAGAUUGAUUUUUGCUGGGAAACAAUUGGAAGAUGGGCGUACCCUUGCCGAGUACAACAUCUAGAAGGAAUCCAUCCUUCACCUUGUCUUGCGUUUUCGUGGUGGUAUGCAGAUCUUUGUGAAGACCUUGACUGGAAAACCAAUCACCUUGGAGGGUUCUGCAUCCUCAGACAGAUUUACUGAGUACUCCUCUUGUUGUUUUAGAAGAUUGCCAUUUUAUCAACUAGAGGGGGCUGAUGAGCUCGCCAUAAAAGAAAGGAGAGAAUAAGCAAGGACAAACGAGUAAAUCUAGCAGCAGGACGAGAAAAAUUGAAUGUUGAAAGCUAAAUAAUGAAGGACAAGAGUCAUAAGGAUCUGCUUUUGAGCAUUUUUUUCUGAAUUUCCUUGAGUAGUUAGUAAAAGAGAGAAAAAGAGAACCUAGUUAGUUAAAGACACAGAUGAGAGACAGUUGAAAGUGUGAGAUAGAAGGUCUUCUUUGAGUAGAAAGCAAGUAAUGAAAAGAGAAAGCUAAAAAGGCCUUACUUUGUUAUUUUUCUCAAUAUCAAGCUAAGCAUCAUAUACCAAAUCAAACUACUUGGACAUAAUAACACUAUAAGCUCUACAAGCACACACACAUAACAAGACUUAUUAUCUCUCUGCUCUCUCCCUAUAUAUAGAUAGAUAAAUAGAUAAUCUCUCAAGCUACUGUGUCUGGGUACCAGCUAGUUACAUUUAGAGGUAGUUGCUAGAAGGUUAUGGUUGUUGUGUAUAUUAGCAGUGAGUUAAAUUUGUAAAUAUUCUAUCAAUAUUCUUAUAAACUUCUCAACUAGUACUCUUGAUUAUUGGUAAAAAGUUUUAUCUUCAUGGCGCCAAGGAUGGAUAUCAGUAUCAUCUGCAUUCUUCUUAUUAUCUCUCUUUUCACAUCUCAAUAUGCAGAAGCAAGAAUAUCCAAGGUGCAAAUGAAGGAAUUUCAACGUCUUGAUAGUUAUAGAGGUCCAAACAUCAAAUCCACAAAUCACUUGGGAUUGAUGGAUCCACCGUUAGAUCUUCCGAACUCAAAAUCCUACGGUAUCAGUUCUCCCUUUAGUUUACCUCCUUUUGAUUCCCUUCCACCAACAUCUCUAUCGGAAACUACCCCUCCAGACUGUGAAGAUUCACCCUAUGCCGCUCCGCCGCCACCUUCUACAUCCACACCAACACCUACUACUCCUAUCAUCAGUGCACCCCUUCCACCAUCACCAUCCUCACCUUAUAUUCCGGCACCCAUUUUCCCCAUCCAAAGCCCACCACAAAGUCCAUCUGAAAACCCAUAUCAAAGUCCCCCAUUUAAUGACCCAAACCCACCAGAAAGUUCGCCGUUAACACCGAGUGCACCAAUGUUCGUACCAAGUCCAACUCAAAGUCCACCAUCUAGUGACCUAUUCCCACCUGGAAGUUCGCCGCUUACACCAAGUACGCCAGAUUAUGUACCAAGCCCAAUUACUUACGUCCCGUCUCCUCCAGAAUUUGUGCCUAGUCCACCGGACAAUAUACCGAGUCCAAGUGGAUAUAUUCCCGGUCCACCUGAAUAUGAGCCGAGUCCACCAUCGUACGUACCCACCCCAUCUGGUGGAUAUGUACCGAGCCCAGAUGUUGGUUACCAACCAAGCCCUGAUGUUGGGUAUACUCCAAGCCCAUUUAUAAAUGUACCAAGUCCAACUGGUUACGGGAUCACACCUGGUGCGCCAGUUUUCCAGCCUCCGGUCUUGUUCCCGCCACCCACUGGACCACCAUCUCCAUACAAGGGUCCACAAAGAGCUCUUUGGUGUGUUGCUAAACCUUCGGUGCCUGACCCGAUCAUCGAAGAAGCCAUGAAUUAUGCUUGUGGAUCCGGAGCGGAUUGUGGCUCAAUUCAACCUCAAGGAACAUGCUACCAUCCAGAAACAUUGUUCGCUCAUGCUUCGUUUGCUUUCAAUAGCUAUUGGCAAAGAACAAAAGCUGCAGGUGGAACAUGUGAUUUUGGGGGAACUGCAAUUCUUGUUACCAUCGAUCCCAGUUUUAAUGGAUGUCAUUUUAUCGCCACAUAAAGCUUUGGGAGAAAUUUAAAUGCAUAAUUACCUAGUUAAUUGUAAGAAAAAGAACUAAGAUUAUAUCUGCAACUCAUACGUUCCUUGUUAAUUUCGGUUUUGAUAGGUGUUGUAACUUGUCAUUUUUUUGAUAAUAUAUACAAGAAUGAU